AUGGGUUCCUUAUAUCGUAGUGAAUUGAUGUCUCUUUGUCAAUUAUUUCUGCAUUCCGAAAUGGCAUACGAUGAAGUUGCGAAACUUGGUGAACUUGCUAUCAUACAUUUCAUUGAUUUGAAUUCUGAAAUCAGUUCAUUCCAAAAACGUUUUGCAAGUGAUUUGAAACGAUGUGAUCUAAUGGCACAAAAACUAAAGUUUAUUGAAGAUCAAAUUCUAGCAGAUUCUAUCCCAAUACCGCGACUAAAUGGAUUUGUUCCUGCACUAUUACCAACCGAAAUGAAUACACUUGAAGCUGAAAUUGAAAAGAUUGAGGAACAAUUGAUAGAAAAUAAUAAGAAUAUGAAAAUUAUGAUGGUUAAUUAUGAACAGCUAAACGAACGCAUGCAGUGCAUUAGUAAAGUGCAACAACUUCUCACAGAUAGACAGCGACAUCAAGCUAAGCAUUCAAUGUCGGCAAUGGAUCAUCAAAAUCAUCCAACUUCCGGUAUUGGCGCUAUUCGUCGCAAGCUAACUAAUGUGAUGGUAGGGAAGAAGGAUAGUGAUAUCUCAAGUCCAAUGUCAAGUAUUUUUUCAGGCGAAAACUUAGAUGUCAGUUUCAUUGCCGGAAUUGUGGAACGACGUCAUUCGACGGCAUUUGAACUAUUGCUUUGGCGAACGUGUGGUUGGAAUGCUUUUGUGCGCACUUUUACCAUUGAAUUCAGCGAAGAUCCUUUACUUCAUAAUGUUUCACCGAAAAAUAUCUUCUUGGUAUUUUUUUCCAGUGCAAUACUUGGAUUACAAGUGAGAAAAAUGUGUCAAUGCUAUCAAGCGAAAAUAUACGAUUAUAAACAUGCAAUAAAUGAUCGAUUGUCAGAAGUAACAAAUUCAUUGCGACGUAUCAAUGAUUUUAAAUCGGUAAUUGAAGAAUCAAGAAAAUAUCGCAAUGCAUUACUCCAAGCAACUGCUUGCAAAGUUCAUGAAUGGGAUAUUAAGUUGCAAAAGAUGUGUACUGUAUUUGAAGCGAUGAAUAUGUGCAAUGUUGAUAUCACUCAACGAUAUUUAAUCGCUGAAUGCUGGAUUCCAACCGCUGAUGUAAUAAAUGUUCGAAAUAACUUAAAUAAAAUUGGCAUGGCAAUGAAUAGCUCUGUUGGAAUGUCUGUGUUGUGCGAAAUUGAUACGAAGAAAAUACCACCAACAUAUUUUCGUGUCAAUAAAUUUACAAAAGUUUUUCAAAGCAUUGUUAAUUCAUAUGGUAUAGCAACAUAUCGUGAAAUUAAUCCAGCUCCAUGGACAAUAAUAACAUUUCCAUUUUUAUUCGCAAUAAUGUUUGGUGAUGCUGGCCAUGGAUUAAUUAUGUUUCUUAUUGCUCUUAUAAUUAUUCUACUCGAAAACAAAAUUGAAGCCAAUGAUGAAAUAAUGGGAACAUUCUAUCGUGGACGUUAUAUCAUUCUUUUAAUGGGACUUUUCUCAAUUUAUACCGGCUUCAUUUAUAAUGAUUUCUAUUCACGUUCAAUAAAUUUGUUUGGAAGCAGCUGGCGCAAUCCCUAUGAUGCCAGCUUGUUCAAUCUAACACAAAAUGAGCAGACUGCGCACAUUGAUUUAACAUUACCGCCACAAUAUGCAUACGACAGAGAUAAAGGUCCAUAUGUUUUUGGUUUGGAUCCAAUUUGGAAUUUAGCAGAAAAUCGACUAACAUUUACAAAUUCAAUGAAAAUGAAAAUAUCCAUUAUUUUUGGUAUCACACAAAUGACAUUUGGUGUUAUCCUAAGUCUUAUUAAUUUCUUGAAUUUUCGAUCAACGAUCGAUAUUUGCUUUACAUUUAUACCACAGAUUUUAUUUCUAUCUUCUAUAUUGAUUUAUCUCUGUAUUCAGAUGAUAAUUAAGUGGCUCAUGUUCGGCACCAAAUCAGAUGUUAUUUUCGGCUUUUUUUAUCCAGGAUCACAUUGUGCUCCAUCACUUCUGAUCGGAUUAAUCAAUAUGUGCAUGUUGAAACCACGUAAGCAAGGUUUCUGGAAUCAUACCUCAUCUACCGAAUUAGAACAUUGUUAUUUACAGGAAUGGUAUCCAUAUCAGGGUGCAGUUGAGAAAGGUCUUCUGAUAUUAGCAUUACUUUGCGUACCAGUAAUGCUUUUAGCGAAACCUAUUUAUCUAAAAUUUAAAAUGCGGAAAAUUGGAGACGAAGAAGUUGCAAAUAUUGAUAAGGAGAAGGUGAAACUCGAUUUUACGAAUGUUAUGAUGUACCAAGCAAUUCAUACGAUUGAAUUUACAUUAGGUUGCAUAUCACAUACCGCUUCUUACCUUCGCCUUUGGGCACUUUCUCUCGCUCAUGCACAGCUUUCUGAAGUUCUGUGGUCAAUGGUACUUAGUAAUGCUUUUUCAUUUAACGCUUGGUCAAGUGGUCCAAUAUUGUAUCUCAUCUCGUGGAUCUACGGAAUGCUUACAUUUGCUAUAUUAAUAUUGAUGGAAGGACUUUCUACUUUUUUACAUGCGUUACGAUUACAUUGGAUUGAAUUUCAAAGCAAAUUCUAUAGUGGUCAUGGAUAUUCAUUUAAACCUAUUGUAUUUACCCAAAUGAAAUCCUUCAAAUUUAACAGUAAGAAAGAUGAAAGUGCUUGUUAA